AGUGCGCUCCUUUCACCUCUCUACAUUUGAUUGUUUUAUAUCUUUUAAACCAAGGACUCACUUUCCCAUAGUCUUAGAUAUACAAUGUUCCACGAGUACAAGAACUUUGUCGAAGAUGGCGACAUGGUCGUCAUUUACAUCAACCACGACUCAAUGGCUCCGAUCACUGUCACCGCUGGGCAAGUAUACAACAACAGGUUUGGAACCUUUAAGCACGAAGAUAUGAUUGGACUUAAGUACGGCAGCAAGCUCAUGACUCAGGAUAACAGGGGCUUUGUUUACCUUUUGCACCCGACGCCGGCGUUGUGGACUCAGGUUGUUCCUCAUCGCACGCAGAUUCUGUAUCUGCCUGACAUCUCCUUUGUUUCCUUGCACCUGGACCUAAAGCCAGGGACAGUCAUGAUUGAGUCUGGUACAGGCAGUGGCUCAUUUUCACACUCGAUUGCGCGCACCAUAGCACCAACAGGCCAUCUUUAUACAUUCGAGUACCAUGAGAUCCGUGCGGCGACGGCGCGGAAAGAGUUUUUGGACCACAAUCUGUCGCAUAUGGUCACCAUUGAGCACAGAGACGUUAUUGCCAACGGCUUUGGGAUGCUCAAUGCUGCUGACGCUGUGUUCCUCGACUUGCCUGCUCCCUGGGAUGCAGUUGCGGCUGCUAAGGAUGCGCUUCGCAAAGACACCAUUGGCCGUAUAUGCUGCUUCAGCCCGUGCAUUGAGCAGGUGCAGCGUACAGCGCUGGCGCUGGAUGAACAUGGUUUUUCCGAUAUCCGCAUGUACGAGUGCCUGGCCAAGGACCACGAGGUCCGUGUAGUGUCACAGCCUGACAUUGAGGAGGCGAUCAGCGGGCAGAAGGUCAACUUUAAAAUGUCCAAGUUUGAUAGAAAGAAGCGCAAGCUUGAAUCCGGCGCUGGCUAUUCGGGCAGCGAACAAAACGGAAGCUCAGUUUCGACGGAUAUUCUGAUGACAAAGCCCGUCGAUGUUGCUCGCGGACACACUAGCUACCUGACAUUCGCAAUUCUGGCAGCAGAACAGGGCGGAAGCAUGUCUGAGUAGAACACAAAUAUCCUAUCAGCAACAACAUAUAAAUGAGAUAUUUUGUUGCCAAUAAAAUUGAUUUUUUGAUAGCCUGC